UCGUUCUACUUAUUGAUUUCAAGGAGCAAAGGGGAUAUUUUUUUAACCACCUUUCGCAGCGCAGUAGGACUUACAGACAUGUGAUUUUACAAAAGGAUUGUCCUUAGGCCUUCUUGAAGGUUUUGUGUCCUGCAUUGCUCUCCAUAUUGCAAGCGAGAGAAUCAAUUAAAGCGAGAUUUAGAGUGUCUAAAAUCGAUCUAUAAAGGUUUCUCUUUCGGACUAAAGGGUUUAAAAGGAAACGGGCUAUAUUUGGAUUAUUAUUGUGAAUAUUCUUUUGUUAUGGCACUAAAAUGGAAGGCCAGAGGGAUCCUUCAUCUUAUGCUUGCAGUAACAGCGAGCAACACGUUUUUUGAAGGAUUUGUAUACCCUUUGGCAAGCAUCGUCAUCGUGCAUGUAGAAUAAGUUCAGUAUCAUUGCACCUGUUAUCUGUAUUAUGUCCUUCUAGCCUCAAAAGUAGACAUAGUUGUAAGGUUCUCUUUUAUUUUCUUCAGACAUUUUAUCGCUUUUUAGAAUUGAUCUACUUAUCUUUGACUUAUUCCUUACAAUACCGCCUCCAAUUUCUCUAAAUCCCUUUGAAAUAGGGAUAGUUACUAAUAUAGCAUUUCAUAGUAUUUUAAAGUGAAAAUAUUGCCGAUCAGCGUGCGGAAAAAUGGAUGACAUAAAGCCAAUUUCUCCAUUCACUUUCAUUUCUUGGAAAGAGGACGAGAACUCUAUAGUAGUCGGAACCAAGGACACUUCUUUCGGGUACGUAGCUCUCAUGCAAAUCGACGGCAUAGACAUUGAUGAUAUUGUAAACUAUGCGAAAAGUCAGAGGGAAAAGAACUGGCAGAACGAAUUCGCUAAAAACUUCCCUUUUUAUGUCUUGUCAGUAGCGGGUCAGAGAGAUAUGCCCUGCUUCGUGACCACCAAGCAUGCCACGAUAGAGUACUGUGAUUUACAGACGAAUGAGGUCCUGGAAACUGAGCUGGAGGCGACCGAGGACGCUUACAAUGAGUCUGUGCGUAUUGAGGCCGCACGAGCUGAAUAUGAUAAACUUCAGAGUCAGGAAAAGGGGACGCUUCCAUCGGUAGACACUUUUGCUGGUAUUAAAAGAGCUGCACGCAGCGCCGAUGACAGCGAUGCCGGAGAGGAGGAUCUUUAUGAAGAUAUAGAUGAGGACAACGAAAAUGAUGCGAACCACUCGAAGCGGUUUAUGCUUGACAUGAUCUCCUCCCAAAUUCACUCAGCAGUUUCCAUCGGCGUGGGGUUGGGUCUUACGAGUAAGGAAAUCAAAGGGGCCUACAGCGCUGCGGUAGGCCCGUCUCAGGUUCCGCAAAACCUUGACGAAUGUAUGAAGGUUGCAGAGGGCAACUCUGUCUUAAUGAAGUUUUUUGAGGAUCUUCAGCAAUCCGAUCGAGGGAAUUGCCAGCAUCAAUGAUGGUGCAAAGGGAAAGGGGCAUCUCCGGAAUUUUUACUCGUAUAAAAGUAGUGAAGUAAACUCACUAGAUAAAGCGUUAGAUCUUUGAAGAGAAAAUAAAGGAGUUUUUGGAAUUUUGAUCAAAUAUAAAGGCAGUGCGUGGGAAAUAGUCUACAGGGGAGGAUAAGAAGAGUGCCUAUAUGCAUCCUAAAUAAAAUUGUGAAAAAUGUGAUCACCUUUAAUGUAGUUAAAGGUGUAUCUGAAUUCAGUUAGAAUUUAUUUUGCUUUUUUAUUACAUGCAUUUAUGUGUCAAAGGGUGAUCUGGGAUUCCUACUCCUUAACAUUCGCUUUGCAUCUAUCGAGUAUAAGGUUUAGCAUGUCGAGAAGGCUUGCUAUUUCUGCACCGUUUUAUCUGAACUUUUUUGCAUUUGCAUCUUCACCUUGCGCUAAACAACUGAUUGGGGGUUAGCUUGUUUAUAUUAACAUUAAUCUUUAAUUAUUUUCACAGUUAGUCCCUUCUCUUGGGUUACAUAUGUGUCCAUGUGGGGAAGUUAGAGGCAAUAUAUAUAUAUAAUAUACACCCAAAAAGCACAGAGGGCUUGGUAA